GAGCUGCUACUCGGCGCGUUUUGUAUGAAGAUGGCGGCUCCCACCGCCAGCAAGGCAGCCUCCCUGGGCUGCAACAACAAGCCUGCGUUCCCGGAGCUGGAUUUCAGGUCGGGAGCUCGGGUGGAGGAAUUGAACAAACUCAUCCAAGAAUUCACGAAGCACGACCAGCGGGAAUACGACGACCAGAGAGCACUGGAGAUUCACACAGCCAAGGAUUUCAUCUUUUCCAUGCUGGGAAUGGUGCAAAAGCUGGACCAAAAACUUCCAGUGGCCAAUGAGUACCUGUUGCUCUCUGGAGGAGUCCGGGAAGGCGUGGUGGACCUGGACUUAGAUGAGCUUAAUGUCUACGCCCGAGGGACCGACUACGAUAUGGACUUCACUCUUCUGGUGCCAGCCCUGAAGCUGCAUGACCGUAAUCAGCCUGUGACACUGGAUAUGCGCCACUCAGCCUUGUGCCACUCUUGGCUGAGCCUUCGGCUCUUCGAUGAGGGGACGAUCAGUAAAUGGAAAGACUGUUGCACCAUCGUAGACCAUAUCAAUGGUGCCACCAACUACUUCUUCUCCCCGACCAAAGUGGCCGACUGGUUCUAUGACUCCAUCAGCAUUGUCCUGUCCGAGAUACAGAAGAAACCCCAGCGAGGGAUGCCAAAGGUGGAAAAGGUAGAAAAGAAUGGGACCAUCAUCUCCAUCAUUCUGGGUGUGGGGAGCAGUCGCAUGUUGUACGAUAUUGUCCCUGUGGUAUCUUUCAAAGGUUGGCCUGCAGUGGCCCAGAGCUGGCUCAUGGAGAACCACUUUUGGGAUGGGAAGAUCACCGAGGAAGAGGUCAUCAGUGGGUUUUACUUGGUGCCUGCUUGCUCCUACAAGGGAAAGAAGGACAAUGAGUGGCGGCUGUCCUUUGCCAGGAGCGAGGUGCAGCUGAAGAAGUGCAUCUCUAGCAGCCUCAUGCAGGCCUACCAGGCCUGCAAAGCCAUCAUCAUCAAACUCCUGUCCCGGCCCAAGGCUAUCAGCCCCUAUCACCUGCGGAGCAUGAUGCUCUGGGCCUGCGACAGACUUCCUGCCAACUACUUGGCCCAAGAAGACUAUGCAGCACACUUUUUGCUGGGCCUCAUUGAUGACCUGCAGCACUGUCUGGUCAACAAGAUGUGCCCCAAUUAUUUCAUCCCUCAGUGCAACAUGCUGGAGCACCUGUCGGAGGAGACGGUCAUGCUCCACGCACGGAAGCUUUCCUCCGUCCGCUCAGACCCGGCGGAGCACCUGCGCACCGCCAUCGAGCACGUCAAGGCGGCCAACCGGCUGACGCUGGAGCUCCAGAGGCGAGGGAGCACCACCAGCAUCCCCUCCCCGCAGUCCGACGGAGGGGACCCCAACCAGCCCGAUGACCGCUUAGCCAAAAAACUGCAGCAGCUAGUGACUGAGAACCCGGGGAAGUCCAUCUCCGUCUUUAUUAAUCCUGAUGACGUCACACGGCCCCAUUUCAGAAUCGAUGAUAAAUUUUUCUGAGCAUCUUUGCUGCCUUCCCCCCCCCCCCCCCGUUCUAAAACUCUCCUGUUCUGUAGUGUGGUUUGUGAUGCGUUCUUUCCGUUUUUUACAUAUCCAGCCAGGUUUGGAUCUGUUAAGAACACACUUUAAGUUUCCUGGUUCUGCAGGAUGGUGCAGGAUCUGAAUCAGAAUAUUACUAUUUCGUAUUCUGCCUCUGAUUUUGUUGUUUACUUUUUUGUAGUUAUUGUCACAUUGUUUGUUUUAGUGGGGUUUUUUGUUUGUUUUUUAAGGAGAACUUGAGCCAUAGAUGACAAAGCCCAUGAAUUCUCUUGCUUUUUUUCUGUUUCAUACUUUGUGCAAAUUUGUUAAUGGAAGUGGGGAAACAAAUCUCAUACUGAUGCUUCAGGAUUCUCUUAUUUUUUGGGUUUUUUGGGGUUUUUUUUUUUUUUUUGUCUUUAUUUUUUCAAAUGAGCGUUCAUCAGUACAGAUAUUUGAAAACCACCUGAAUCUGGGAACUGCCUGGUACGUUAGUUGAAUUUCUUCCUUUUGACCAGUGGCCAGGGUAGUUUCCCAGUCUUCGCCAAACAAUGUAGACUUUGAUAAUGCUACAAAUUGUGUUUGGAGCAACUUCAUUGAAUGUAAUUGUCCUCAAAUCAGAACUUUGGAUGGUUUGGAAGGUGUCUUCGACAACUUUCCAAAUACAAUUAAGGUUUCCAAAUGAUAGUUUUAGUGUGUGUAAUUAUUUGAAGCCUUAUUUAAAUCCUAUUAAAGAACAUACCAUUAUACUUGUUAUUUGCACUAAUGAAAUCUUUGCCAUUGUCAGAGUCCCAAUGCGUGUGUUUCAGUAUAAAUUGACAUCUACUGUUGAAAUGCUGUCAUUUCUUCAUUUAGCCCAUUUCUCUUAAUCAAUAGAAUGAUUUUUUGCAUUUGUUUAGUUCUCCUUUAAUUGUGGGGUCCUGUUUUGCCCUCUUUGAUAUUCCUGGUUCCUGUCUUACUGAGAGAAGUUUUUAAAGCUUUAUACCUGCUAACUGACUUUAUCUGAAGCUGGGGAAGAUACGUACUUGAUAAAGUAGUUGCUUUUGUAUGUACAGUUGAUCCUUGAACAGGACCACUCAUAUGUGGAUUUUUCACCAAAUGCAUACUACAGAACUCUACAGUCUGAAUACACGAUGGGUUGAAUACAUGGAUUUGGAACCAUGGAUAGAGGGCCAACCGUAAAGUUAUAUAUGGACUUUCAACCACACAGGGGUUGGUGCCCCAACCCCACCUUGUUCAAGGGUCAACUGUAUUUCUUUUGAAGCUAUAGAGGUAAACUUUUUUGUAAAGUCUCUGCUUCUACUGAGGGUCUUGAGGAAAACUGGCAGGACAAAUUAGUAAUAAUCCCCAAAUAGAUACCAUGCCUGUUCAGAAGCAGGUUUUGCUGUGGAGUGGGAACCAGGAACUAACUGUGAGUGUCAGCCUUGGUGUAGAGGUGUCCUGUCCUCACAGAUGAAAUUACUUGCCAGGGUCAGGUGCUGCAGGACAUCGGCUCUCUGUCUUGGUAUGGACUCAUGGCCAACUGUAGUGUUUGGGAGGUCAGGGGCCUGCCGGCCUCUCCAAGGAUGACCGUGAUGUCUACAACUGAAAAGGCCAAGCAACACUUUGAUUUUGCUCUUGAAUGUCCAGACUCACAGGUUGGAUUUUGGCCAAUGGAAAUUAGGCAUAUGCGGUCUUGGUUUUUGCAUGGGAAUUAAUGUAAUGCUUAUCAGUGAAAAUGAAAUCAUUCAACCACCUUAAGUCGAACACAAAAAUGAUGAUAAUAAAAGAAACAUACUGGCCUUGGAA